GAUGUUCAGAGGCUUUCGAGUAAACCAGAUUCCUUAGCUGUUCUCCCUCCUCCUUCGACUUCUUCCGCCGACUGGACAAAGCGAAGAUGGAUGAUCUGGCGGGCAUGGACUGGUCGACGCCAGCCUCGUCCACCAACAAUGCCCAGAAGAAACCACCCAUGAAUCCCUCAAGCGCCUUCGGCUCCUUCCCUUCUCUGCAACCGACCCCUUCGCCUUUCGCCUCUGGUCGGAACACCCCUCUCUCCGCAGCCAACUCUGGCCAUGCCAGUGGUGGCAGCGGGGUUAAGGUUCCUGCGGUGGCGGCAUCUACAGCGGGAAAGCCUUCUCAGGAUGCCUUUAGCAACCUGGUGCCUAUGGGCUCCGGGAAGAGCAGUGCGAAAAUGAGCCUGGCGGAGCGGCAGAAACAGCUCGAGGCGGAGAAGCUGAAGAAGUUACAGGAAAAGCAGAAGCAGCAUCAGGCGGCGUAUGGCGACGGGCAAUUCUGGGAUACUUUGGGUCGGGGUUCAACUCCGACAAGCGUCUCGAGGACAGCAUCGCCUCUAGCACAUGGUGCGGGCCCCAUGCUCCCAAGUCACAACGGCAAGACCGAGUCCGACGACGAUCUGUUCGCCGCGUUCAACAAGGAUACAAAAGUCGAUAAUGCAAGCCACUAUCCCCCCCCUGCCCAGCCCGCCUCGGGGAGAAGCACUCCUGGCUUAGACCUGAGUAACCCCAGCGCGUGGUCACAACCGGCGCUCUCGAACAGCGCCCACGGCGACUUCAACAACGACGAUGAUCCUUUCGGUCUGAGCCAGUUCCAAGCCAAGUCAAGACCAGAUACGAGACCUGCUCCGGCGCCAAUAGGAGCAGACGAGGAGGACGAUGAUCUCUUGGGAGAUCUGGGAAGACCGGUAGACGAGGUGCGCAAGAAGCAAGAGGCUCAAAGACAGAAGGCACCGCAGCCAGAACCAGAGCCUGGUAAAGCAAUAGAGGACUCAGACUCGACCUCAAGUGACGAUGAGCCUGAGGCAAGGCCACAGGGCGGGAAUGAUCCGUUUGAUAAAGCUGUUGCACAGAUGAUGGAUAUGGGCUUCUCUCCAGAAGACUCGAGAAGAGGUCUGACCGAGAGCGGCGCAGGUCUAAAUGUGCAGGCAGCCGUGAGCUACUUGCUUAAUGAUGCGCAUCAGAAGGCCAAGGAGAAGACACAGGGGCGGUCGUCCCCAGCAGUGCAUUCAGAGAGGUCCACAAGCCGAGCUAGGAAUGCGGGACCUGCGUGGAUGAACGAGGAGCACCCGAACAGACAUGAGAACCGAUCCCCAGCGACUGGUGAUGUCGAUUUUGCGAAGCAAGCCGCGGCGAUGGGCACCAACUUCCUGAAGACAGCAAAUAAGUUCUGGAGCGCCGGGCAAAAGAAGGUUCAGAAGGCUGUUGCUGAGUUUCAAGAGGCCCCAGCUGAUCCCAACCAACCCAAAUGGAUGAGGUCCGCGCAGCAGGACAGAACCGGUGAGAGUAACAGAGCACAGCGAGCCCAUGAUGCCACCGAUGAAGCUAUGAUGCUUGACUCUGGUGCGCGGCCAGAAAGACAAUCUAGGAAGAACCAGCCGCACCACUCUGAAGCUCAACGGACAGUAUCACGGGACCAGUCACCGGCGCUGUCGCCAAUCUCGAACCGCAGCGCUUCCGCUCCCAGGUGGCAACAAGACCCCAAAAGCCGUCUGAACAAGCAGGCCAUCGAGGAGCAGAGCUCACAGGCCUACAUCAGCCCUGCAAGGAGAAAGAAGACAACGCCUCAGCCACCCGCAGAGCCCAAGCCUCAGUUCACCGAAGAGCCAGACCUCUUCAGCACUCAGGCUCCUCCUGCACGCAGCCUUCCUAGCCGCUCUGCUCAGCCCUCUCCCCGGCCUGUCACCGCUGCUGCCCAAUCUCCGCGAAAAACACCAACACCUCGCCCGGCACCGCCUACUAGAAAAAUUCCACCCCUUGACCCCUCCGCGCUGCAGACAUCCACACGCCACAGGGUGGACGGCACAGCGCAUUUCAAGAGAGGCGACUAUGCUUCGGCUCAUGCCUCAUACUCGGCCUCGCUCUCCGCAGUUCCGAGCACCCACCCACUCGCAAUCGUCAUCCUGUGCAACCGCGCUUUGACAGCCCUCAAAACUGGCGAACCAAGACAAGCCGUUGCGGAUGCAGACGCAGCCAUACAGCUCAUUGGGCCAAGCAAUGGUGAGGGCGAACAAGUCUCCUUGCAGGACGAGACAGGCGAGAAGCGCGACAUGAAGGACCUCUACGGCAAGGCUCUCACCCGCAAGGCCGAGGCCCUUGAGCAGAUGGAGAAAUGGGCCGACGCCGGGGUCGUCUGGCAAUCCUGCGUCGAGUCUGGUGUGGGCGGACCUACAGCGAUUGCAGGGCGUCAACGGUGCCAGAAGGCUCUCACACCUAAGCCCACAUCAAAGCCUGCAUCAAAGCCUGCUACGCCACGCCCAAGACCCCGCCCUACACCCAAGACUGCGGCCUCAGGCGAUUCCGAGGCUGUGAGCCGUCUGCAAGCAGCCAACAAGGCUGCCGAUGCUGCCGACGCCGAGAAAUUCGCUUUGUCAGAUCAGGUCGAUGCCCGGAUUGCAGGGUGGCGCGAUGGGAAGCGCGAAAACCUGCGCGCGCUGCUGGCGAGCCUGGAUCAGGUGCUGUGGGACGGCAGCGGGUGGAAGAAGGUCGGCCUUCAUGAACUUGUGAUGGCGAAUCGCGUCAAGAUCGUGUACAUGAAGGCUAUUGCCAAGACGCAUCCUGACAAGCUGCCCCAAGAUGCCAACACCGAGGUCCGCAUGAUCGCGGGUACUGUAUUUUCGACCCUUAACGAGAGCUGGGACAAAUUCAAGGCGGAGAAUGGGCUGUGAAGUUUAUGAAAUUUUCAAGUUGCGCAAAGCGAAUUUCUAGAUACCUGGCAUAGAUGGACAAUUGACACCAAGUUGAAGGCCC